AGUUAUCCGUAUACCUUGAUUGAGAAAUUCAAGUGGCUUUUCGGAUCGAGUUGGAGAUCUCGGGUCUGGCUAGGAACUGGGUCUCCGUCCUCUGACGACAUCGGUCUUUGGGGUAUAGAUAAGUUCUUUUCUGGCCGUGUUGCUUUCUUCUGUAAGGUAGACUAAUUUUAUUGACUCUGCUUUUGCGUAUAUCUCCUUUUUGUUCUUUUUUUUCAAAGGCGCAUUGAAUUGUCUGAUUUCUGCAUCUUUCAUUAUAUACAUCGUAGAGAACUCGACGCAACAUAAUGACCUCGAAAGAGCGGCAGCUUCCAUUCGGGAAGAUCGAGCCCAAUUCAUCGAAAUACUUUCUGAGUUGUACUCUGGGUGGAAUUGUCGCUUGUGGACCUACGCAUACAGCAGUUACACCCCUUGACCUGGUCAAAUGUCGUCGCCAGGUAGACCCCAGCAUCUACACCUCCAAUCUCUCCGCAUGGCGCCAGAUCUUUUCCAAGGAAGGCCUACGCGGGGUCUUCUUCGGCUGGUCUCCUACCUUCGUCGGAUACUCGUUCCAGGGGGCCGGCAAAUACGGUCUCUAUGAGUACUUCAAGUACCUGUACGGGGACCGCUUAUUCCCCAACAUGAACCGCACGGUGGUGUUCCUAGGCGCGAGCGCAUCAGCCGAGUUCUUCGCCGACAUGGCCCUCUGCCCGUUCGAAGCGAUUAAGGUGCGCAUGCAGACGACUCUGCCGCCGUAUGCGCAUAACUUGCGCGAGGGAUGGAGCAAAGUCGUGGCCAAGGAAGGGUUCGGGGGUCUGUACAAGGGGCUGUACCCGCUCUGGGCGCGGCAGAUCCCCUACACCAUGACCAAGUUUGCUACCUUUGAGGAGAGCGUGAACAUGAUCUACCGGACGCUGGGGAGGCCCAAGGAGAGCUUCAAUACGCUGCAACAGACGGGCGUUAGUUUUCUGGGAGGCUAUAUUGCCGGUGUCUUUUGCGCUAUCGUUAGUCAUCCUGCGGAUGUCAUGGUUAGCAAGUUGAACGCCGACCGGAAUGCUGGCGAGUCGGCAAUGGCGGCCGUGUCGCGGAUUUACGGCAAGAUCGGAUUCUCGGGCCUGUGGAACGGACUGCCAGUUCGAAUCGUGAUGCUUGGUACAUUGACCGGUUUCCAGUGGCUAAUCUAUGAUUCUUUCAAGGUGUUCCUAGGACUCCCGACCACUGGUGGUCAUUAA